CCCGCCCCAUUUUCACGUGAGGCGGCCGCUUGCGCGGUAAGCUUGAGCCUCUCGCGCUCCCGUCCGGGUGCCGCUUGUUCGCGGAGCAGCGGCGGCUGCCACAGCGGCUCUUCCUUCGCUGCUGCCAUGUCCGCCCCGGCCAAAGUCUCCGGCGCACUCAAAUCCGUGGAUUACGAAGUGUUUGGGCGGGUGCAAGGCGUUUGUUUCAGGAUGUACACAGAACAGGAAGCCAAGAAAUUAGGAGUGGUUGGCUGGGUGAAAAAUACCAGCCAAGGAACUGUGACAGGCCAAGUUCAGGGCCCAGAAGAGAGAGUGAAUGAAAUGAAAUCCUGGCUGAGCAAAGUUGGAAGCCCAAGUUCCCGCAUCGAUAAAACAAAUUUUUCCAAUGAAAAGGAGAUCUCCAAGCUUGACUUCUCGGAUUUCAACACUAGAUACUAACAGGAGGGCACUUCACUAAGCACAAAACUGACAUUUCUGCUGCAUGAUAUUUUAUGUGCCUCCAUCAAAUGUUACAAGAGCAUUGGGAUGCUUUUCUGUAGUAGGGAUAAACAUAAAUGCUCCCUGUUCCCACCAAGUAAGAAUUCCUGUUGCUGUGUCAGACAUCUUGCACCAUGAAUGUCAACAUUUAGUGUCUAAAAUGCCAAUAUCUAAUUUAUUGCAGCUUUGAAAGACAGAUAAAAGCUUAGAAGUGCUGGUGAUUAUUUGUGCACAAUGAGACUUGUUACAUACAAACAGAUGGCACCUAAUCUUUACACUGUGAGUCAUAUUUAGAUGAAAAAUUAAAAAUUUAUGUUCCACUGUUUGUAAUCUCACCAAAAAUACAUAACUACAGAACUGGAACACUUCAGAGCUCUCUGUAACAUGCCUGUUAUAGACCAGGCUCUAUGUGACAAUUAAUAAGGUUGUAGUGGUAAAUUAAAAUAAAUAUGUUGUUUCAAACUAGGAUUAUCUAACCAGCUCUGGUUUAAAAUUCUCCAUAAAAUAAUUCAGAUAAAUCUUGUUCCAAGGUGAUGAAAUGUGUGUUUUUUCCUUGUCUAUCUGUAGCUUGCAUCCAUGCUGAUUAUAAAGGAUGUUUUAAUCUCUUUGCUUUUUUAAUGUUCUUACUAAAAUUGAAGAUUUAAGUGAUUUU